AUGGAAGCCAUUUCACAGCUACGUGGUGUUCCUCUAACUCACCAAAAAGACUUUAGCUGGGUUUUUCUAGUAGAUUGGAUUCUCACAGUGGUAAUAUGUUUGACGAUGAUAUUCUACAUGGGAAGAAUUUAUGCAUACCUCGUAACUUUUAUAUUAGAAUGGUUAUUAUGGAAACGAGCGAAUAUUAAAAUAAACGUCGAAACCCUCCGUGUUUCACUGCUAGGUGGUCGAAUACAUUUUAAACAUCUUUCCGUGAUACACAAAGAUUACACAAUUUCGGUCUUAGAAGGUAGUUUAACAUGGAAAUACUGGCUUCUAAAUUGCAGAAAAGCAGAAUUGAUAGAAAAUAACAAGGAUUCUUUAAGUAAAAACGUGAAGCUUCCCUGCAAGUUUUCAUUAGAAUGCGAAGGUUUGGAAAUCUUUAUUUACAACAGAACAGUAGCAUAUGAUAAUGUUAUAAACUUAUUAUCCAAAGAUGAACGAGAUAAGUUCGAGAAAUACCUUAAUGAGCACUCUUUUCCCGAAUCUUUCAGUGAUGGAAGCAGUGCUGAUAAAUUGGACGAGGAUUUGAGCGAAUCUGCGUAUACGACAAACUCUGAUGCAUCAAUAAUAAAUGAUAGAGACUACCAAGAAACGGAUAUCGGCAAACUUCCAAAGUUUUUGAAGUUCCUACCAAUUGAACUUAAAUUCAAUCGUGGUUCUUUGUUGCUGGGAAACAAAUUUACACCUUCCGUUAUGAUUUUAAGUUAUGAAAAUGGUGAAGGCGUAAUAGAUGUUUUGCCCCCGAAGGAGCGAUUAGAUCUGUACAGAAAUAAAACACAAAUGGAAUUUAAGAAUUUUGAAAUUUCCAUCAAGCAAAAUAUCGGCUACGAUGAUGCUAUUGGACUGAAAUUUAAGUUAGACACUGGAAAAGUGUCAAAGUUGUGGAAAACGUUCGUACGAGUCUUACGAAUAGUUACCAAGCCUAUUAUAUCGAAAAAGAAUAAAAAGAAAACAGGACCGUCAGAUGAUUCUUUUUUUCAGAAAUGGAAAGGUUUGUCUUUAUAUAAAGCCGCUCCAGGCGACGCUAAGCCAAGCGAUUUAGAUGACAUUGAAUUCGAUUUCACAAAUCAUGAGUAUGCUAAAUUUACAUCAAUUUUGAAAUGUCCAAAAUUGACAAUUGCAUACGAUGUGGAUGUUUCAGGUUUUGUGCCACAUGGUGCUCAUCCGACGAUACCUGAUAUUGAUGGGCCGGAUGUAGGUAAUAAUGGGGCACCACCAGACUUUGCUUUAGAUGUUCAAAUUCAUGGUGGGUCUAUCUGUUACGGUCCUUGGGCUCAAAGACAAGUGAGCCACCUACAGCGUGUUUUAUCACCGGUAGUAUCAAGAACAUCCAAACCUGUAAAAAAGCUCCCGCCAGGCUCGAGAAGGAUAUAUACGCUCUUCAGAAUGAAUGUUUUGAUAAUGGAAGAUACCACCUGGCGUAUUCCAACGAGAGAAACAAGCAAGGAUGCUGAAUUUUUACAGCACUACAAAGAAACCAGCGAAGAAUAUAGACCGUUUGGAUGGAUGGACCUUCGGUUUUGUAAGGACACAUAUGCUAAUUUUAACGUAGUUUUGUGUCCCACGGUAGAAGGUUUUCAGAAUAACUUUCACGUUCAUUUCGUAGAGACCGAAAUUAGAUCAAGUGUAAAUCACGAUAUUCUACUGAAGAGUAAGGUAUUCAAUCUCGAUGGGGACAUCGGAUACCCCUUAGGUUGGAAUAGUAAAGCUAUAUGGAUAAUCAAUAUGAAGUCUCAACAGUUGGAGGCAUUUUUACUGCGAGAGCAUAUAACGCUCGUUGCCGAUACCCUGUCAGACUUUUCUGCGGGUGAACCUACGCCAUAUGAACUAUUCAGGCCUUUUGUCUACAAGGUCAACUGGGAAAUGGAGGGUUAUUCUAUCUAUUUAAAUGUUAACGAUCACAAUAUCGUUAACAAUCCGUUAGACUUUAAUGAGAACUGUUAUUUAUCACUUCAUGGUGAUAGAUUAUACAUUGAUAUCACAGUUCCUCGCGAGAGUAUUUUGGGAACGUAUACAGACAUAUCCUAUGAAAUUUCAACUCCAAUGUUCAGGAUGAUGUUAAAUACCCCUCCUUGGAAUACUUUGAACGAAUUUAUGAAACAUAAAGAAGUGGGAAGAGCGUAUGACUUCACAGUCAAGGGUUCCUAUCUCCUCUACUCUGAAUUAGACAUUGAUAACGUUGAUACAUUAGUCAUAGAGUGUACGAGCAAUAGUACAGUGCUUCAUUGUUAUGGCUUUGUUAUGAGAUACUUAACAAACGUGAAGAUGAAUUAUUUUGGUGAGUUCUUUAAUUUCGUAACUUCUGAGGAGUAUACUGGUGUCCUCGGUGCUAGGGAGGUCGGAGAGAUCAUCACUAAGAGCUCAGUGCUGGAUUUGGCGUCUACUUUGGAUUCAGGGUAUCAGAAUAGCAGUUUGAAGAACGAAAGUGAAGACAAAGACCCUGUGAAAAGAUCUGACCUGAAAAGGACAACCAAUGAAACUGAUAUCUGGUUCACAUUUUCGGUUUGGAACGGCGCCUUAAUAUUACCAGAAACGAUAUACAGUUUGGACCCAUGUAUUGCACUGCAUUUUACCGAACUUGUCGUUGAUUUUAGAAGUUGCAACUAUUAUAUGGACAUAAUGGCGGUCCUGAACGGAACCUCAAUAAAACGGCAUGUUUCGAAGCCAAUAAAUGAAGUUUUUGAUUUUAUACGUCGCAACAAUGGUGCUAAUGAACAAGAGCAUGGGACGCUUUCUGACCUCACCAUCCACGGGCAUAGGAUGUUUGGACUGCCACCUACAGAACCUACCUAUUUUUGUCAGUGGGAUAUCAAUCUCGGUGAUUUGACCAUUGAUUCAGACAUUGAGUUUAUAAAGGGGUUCUUUAAUUCCUUUUAUAAGAUAGGGUUUGGUUAUAAUGACUUGGAGAAUAUAUUGUUAUAUGAUACUGAGACCGUUGACGACAUGACCUCACUGACCGUGCACGCAGAAAGAAUAAAAAUAAGUUUUAAUGAUCCAGUAAUGAAAUCGCAAUCAGUUGUUACUGCUGAAUCAUUAUUAUUUACCUUGAUUGACUUCGAAAAUGAAAGGUAUUCACAGAGAAUAGACGUAAAAAUCCCAAAAUUGAUUAUUUCUUUAAGUUGUGUAAUGGGUGACGGUGUUGAUACAUCAUUUCUCAAAUUUGAAACGAAGUUGAGGUUCACGAAUUUUGAGCAAUAUAAAGAUAUUGAUAAAAAAAGAUCAGAGCAACGUAGGUAUAUUACAGCGCACGAUUCGCCUUAUCAUAGAUGUCCUUUCCUUCUUCCGCUAUUUUAUCAAGAUUCAGAUACAUAUCAAAAACUGUAUGGUGCUAUAGCCCCAUCAUCUUCGAUUCCAACUUUGCCACUUCCUACUUUGCCUGAUACCAUAGAUUUUAUUAUUGAGGAUAUUGUGGGCGAAUAUGCCACCCUUCUUGAGACUACAAAUCCAUUCAAGGACAUAUUCGCAGAAACUCCAUCAACUGUCGAGCCUUCAAGGGCUAGCUCUACUGAAGAUGACAAUGACGAACGAGCUGAUCCCCUAGAAUUUAAACCCAUCGCGUUUACGGAGGGUAGGAAUCAUCAAAGAGGGAACUAUGUUAUUGAUGUGUCAUAUAUUCUCCUAGAUGUUGAUCCAUUGCUAUUUGUCUUCACCAAAAGUUUACUAAAAGAGUUCUAUUCCGAGGAUAUGGUGCAAGUCUUGGACGAUAUUGAAAUUGGGAUUGUGAAGCAAUUAAGCAAUCUUCAAGAGGGAAUUACCUCAAUCUCCAACAUUGAUGUCCAUAUUGCUUAUAUGAACUUAAUUUGGCAAGAGACGGGUGAGGAAGGUUUUGAACUUUAUUUGGAUCGUAUUGAUUAUCAAAUGAGUGAGAAAUCUCUCGAGAAAAACAGGACGAGUAAAUUACUGGAGGUAGCAACUUUAGCCAGGAUAAAAACAGUUAGAGUGACCGUUAAUCAGAAAAGGAAUCCAGACCUGUCAGAGGAUCGUCCGCCUGCACUUUCAUUGGGACUCGAAGGAUUCGAGGUAUGGUCUUCUACCGAAGAUAGACAAGUCAAUUCAUUGAAUCUGACGUCAUCGGAUAUUACUAUAGAUGAAUCUCAAAUGGAGUGGCUGUUUGAGUACUGUAGCGAUCAGGGAAAUCUCAUACAAGAAGCGUUAAACUCCUUUCAUUCUAUUCAGAGUACCAGAAUUAGUUCAAAAACAGAACUCAUUUCAAAACUUACAGCCGCAAGCGAAUAUUACCAAAUCAGCCACGACCCUUACGUCAUAACGAAACCCGCUUUCAUUAUGAGACUUUCCAAGGGGCAUGUGCGUGAGAAUCGUAGUUGGAAAAUUAUUACACGCUUGAGACACAUUUUGACAUACCUUCCUGAUGACUGGCAAGAUAACAUUGAAAAGGUGCUAAAAGAGAGGAAAUAUACUUCUGCCAAAGAUGCUAAGAACAUCUUCAUGUCUGUGUUUUCGACGUGGAGAAAUUGGGAGUUUUCAGAUGUUGCAAGGUCAUAUAUAUACGGUAAGUUGUUUUCGGUGGACAAUGCGGAACAUAAACAAAACCUGAUGAAAAAAUUAUUGAAGUGUACUAUGGGAUCAUUUUACCUUACUGUUUACGGUGAGGGAUAUGAGGUUGAACAUAACUUCGUAAUUGCAGAUGCCAACUUAGUAGUGGAUUUGACACCUCCUGUGACAAGUUUAUCUCUUAAUCGAGAAGAGACAAUUGAAAUCACUGGAAGAGUCGGUUCAGUGAAAGGAAAAUUUAGCGAUAGAUUACUCAAAUUGCAAGACCUCAUCCCACUAGUUGCAGCAGUGGGUGGAGGAGAUAAAAGCGAUGCUAAGGCAGAAUUAUCAAAGCAAUUCAAAAUGAAUACUGUACUACUAGUGGAUAAAAGUGAAAUACAAUUAGUCAUGGAUCAGACGAAACUAAUGAGUAGAACAGUUGGAGGUAGAGUUAGCCUAUUAUGGGAAAACCUGAAAGAUUCAACAAGUCAAGCAGGUUCAUUGGUUAUCUUCUCCCAAAAAUCGGAAGUGUGGCUGAAGCAUGCAUCUAUUAUUUUAUGUGAAGCUCAACUUCGGGAUUUCUCAAUUCUAGCUACUACCGAAGCAUGGUCACAUAAGCCUACGAUUUUAAUCAAUAAUCAGUGUGCAGAUCUUCAUUUUAGAGCGAUGAGUACCACAGAACAAACGGUAACUGUUAUUACAGAAAUUAGGGAAAGUGUUCUGAAGAUUAAAGACCGUAUAAAGUUCAAGCCAAAGUCAAAGAAAAGAUCUCAAUUUGUAGGCCCGAAGAUUAACAUUGUUCUAUCAUGUUAUUUUUCAAACGUUAGUUCGGAAAUCAUGCCCCUUUCGCCAUUUUAUAUUCGUCAUGAGGCAAAGCAACUCGACAUUUACUUCAACAAAUUUGGUUCAAAUGAAGUUUUGCUGAGCAUAUGGGAUACUGAUUUUUUCAUGACAUCUCAUCAGACUAAGGAACAGUAUCUAAGGUUUUCUUUUGGCGAUAUCGAAAUCAAAGGAGGAAUUUCUAAGGAAGAUUAUUCGUUGAUAAAUGUUGACAUUUCAAUAUCUAUGAUCAAAUUGACUUUUUCCGAACCGCGCCGUAUUGUUAACAGCUUUUUGCAAGAUGAGAAGCUUGCUUCUCAGGGUAUCAAUCUUUUGAGUUCCCUUAAGUCUUUGCUUUUUACCUCAGGCUUACCGAAGAAGAAGAAGAAGAAAGCACCUGCAAGAAUGAUAAACUGGACAUUGGAUACCAGUAUCACUUACUUUGGUAUUCUUGUGCCAGUAGCUUCUACAUAUUUCGUUUUUGAAUUGCAUAUGCUUCUACUCUCGCUGACCAAUACGAAUAACGGUAUGUUACCAGAAGAAGCUAAAGUGACGGGGCAGUUCUCUAUCGAAAACAUUUUAUUUUUGAUAAAGGAACGCUCACUACCUAUUGGCCUCUCUAAAUUACUUGAUUUUUCUAUAAAAGUAUCCACUUUACAAAGAACAGUUGAUACGGAGCAGUCCUUCCAGGUGGAGAGUUCCCAUUUUAGAGUGUGUUUGUCUCCGGAUUCUUUGUUAAGGCUAAUGUGGGGUGCGCACAAAUUAUUAGAUUUGGGACACUACUAUUCGAGGCGUCAUGCCCCCAAUAUUUGGGACAUCAAAAUGUUCACCGGUAAGAGUGAUAAGCCAAAAGAAAUUCCCAUAAAUUUCCGCUCUAUACACAUCCUGUCCUACAAAUUUUGUAUAGGAUGGCUAUUUCAGUAUGGGGCAGGAUCCGAUCCGGGUUUGAUGCUAGGUUACAAUAGAUUGUUUUCUGCAUAUGAGAAGGAUUUUGGAAAGUUUACGGUUGUAGACGCUUUUUUCUCUGUGGCAAACGGCAAUAAGUCAAGUACCUUCUUUUCUGAAGGAAACGAGAAGGACAAAUAUAAUAGAAGUUUCUUACCGAAUAUGCAAAUAUCUUAUUGGUUCAAACGAUGUGGCGAGCUGAAGGAUUGGUUCUUCAGAUUUCAUGGCGAAGCGCUAGAUGUAAAUUUCGUCCCGUCAUUUAUGGAUGUUAUCGACUCUACAUUGCAAUCCGUUAGAGCAUUUCAAGAGCUAAAGAAGAAUAUUUUGGAUGUGUCUGAGGAUUCACAUAUGGAAGAUGAUAAUCCCUACGCUACUUCAAGUAUGGAAAGUGCUUCUAAUAGUUUAGCUCCCUUUCUCGACAAUAUCAGAUCUGUUAAUUCAAAUUUCAAGUAUGAUGGUGGUGUAUUUAGAGUUUAUACAUAUGAUGACAUUGAAGCUAAAAGUGAGCCAUCUUUUGAAAUAAAAAGUCCUGUGGUCACUAUAAAUUGUACCUAUAAGCACAAUGAAAAUGAAGCUAAGCCACAUCGGAUCAGAAUAUUAAUUGCAGUCGAUCCGACACUUAAUACAUUAUAUGCAGGCUGUGCUCCUCUAUUAAUGGAGUUUUCUGAAAGUCUGCAAAAAAUGAUAAAGAAACAUAGCACCGAUGACAAACCAAGCUUCACGAAACCUUCUUCCCAAAAUGUCGACUAUAAACGUCUCUUGGAUCAAUUUGACGUAGCUGUCAAACUAACUUCAGCCAAGCAACAGUUAAGCUUGAGUUGUGAACCGAAAGCUAAGGUUCAAGCAGAUGUUGGAUUUGAAUCCUUUUUAUUUAGCAUGACAACCAACGAAUUCGAUUCUGAACAGCCCCUGGAGUUUUCCUUGACCUUACAACAGACAAAGGCAUCUAUUAGGCAUAUAUUUUCAAGAGAAGUGAGUACGUCUUUUGAGGUUGGCUUCAUGGACUUGACGCUUUUGUUUACACAUCCUGAUGUAAUCAGUAUGUAUGGGACAAGUUUGGUAUCUGAUUUGAGCGUCUUUUUCAAUGUGAAACAGCUCCAAAACUUGUAUUUGUUUUUAGAUAUAUGGAGAUUCAGUAGCAUUUUGCACACGCGACCAGUACAAGGAUCCAUUAGUAAGGAAAUUGAUAUGAGUUCACUAACAUCGACAAACUAUGUCGAUGUCGGUGCUGAAAUCCCAUGGUGCUUUACACUUAUUUUUACUAAUGUUAGCGGUGAUGUCGAUUUGGGCCCUUCCCUUGGUGUGAUUUCAUUAAGGACUCAAAGAACAUGGCUAGCCACAGAUCAUUAUAGCGAGAAGCGGCAAUUACUUCAUGCUUUUACUGACGGUGUCAGCUUGACUUCAGAGGGUAGACUGAGUGGUCUAUUUGAGGUCGCGAACGCGAGUUGGAUAUCGGAAGUCAAAUGGUCACUCGAAAAGAGUAAAAAUUCUCACCCAUUAGUUUCCACCUCUCUGAACAUUGAUGAUGUAGCAGUAAAAGCUGCUUUUGAUUAUCAUAUGUUCUUGAUCGGUACUAUCAAUAACAUACAGUUCCAGCUUCAUAAUGAAAAGGAUGCCAAGGGAAUUUUACCUGACUUACUACAGGUCUCUUUUUCAUCAGAUGAGAUUACUCUCAGCUCCACUGCAUUAGUUGCCGCGAACAUUCUGGAUAUUUACAACACAAUUGUACGUAUGAGGCAAGACAAUAAAAUAUCGUAUAUGGAAACACUACGAGAUUCAAAUCCCGGCGAGUCUAAGCAACCAAUACUGUACAAGGACAUUUUGAGAUCCUUGAAAUUAUUGAGAACUGAUCUUUCCUUGAAUAUUUCCUCCUUGAAGGUUCAAAUUUCGCCAAUAUCUUUAUUCGAUGUGGAAGUUCUAGUAGUAAGAAUUAAAAAUGUUUCUAUACGUUCCGAAACACACUCGGGAAAAAAAUUAAAGACAGACUUACAACUGCAAGUCCUAGAUGUCUCGGCAGCCCUUUCUACUUCAAAAGAAGAACUGGACGAGGAGAUCGGAGCUUCUAUUGCUAUUGAUGAUUACAUACAUUAUGCAUCUAAGAUUGUUGGUGGCACCAUAAUUGAUAUUCCAAAACUUGCGGUCCAUAUGACGACUUUACAAGAAGAAAAAACCAACAAUAUAGAAUAUCUUUUCGCAUGCUCUUUCUCAGACAAAAUAUCUGUCAAGUGGAAUCUAGGGCCCGUGAACUUCAUCAAAGAAAUGUGGACGACACACGUCAAGGCGCUGGCAGUUCGUCAAUCGCAAAUAGCAAAUGUUUCGUUUGGUCAAACAGAGGAGGAACUUGAAGAAUCAAUCAAGACAAAAGAAACCACUUCCAAGUUCAACUACAUUGCGCUUGAAGAGCCACAAAUUCAGGUGCCUCAAAUAAGAGAUUUAGGGGAUGCAACUCCGCCUAUGGAAUGGUUUGGUGUCAACAGGAAGAGAUUUCCGAAAUUCACUCACCAGACUGCGGUAAUACCCGUUCAAAAACUAGUUUAUCUUGCAGAAAAGCAGUAUGUCAAGAUACUGGAUGGCACGCAUUAG